AUGAGUGAUUUUAAUGACGACUCUAAUAAAAUGGACAGAAACGUAAUUAAGUUACGUGGACUGCCUUGGGAUUCGACAGCAGCUGAUAUUAUGGACUUCUUAAAGGAUUGUACAGUCGUCGAUGGUGAGAAAGGUGUUCAUAUGGCAAUUUCGCAUAGAGACGGACGUCCAAAUGGUGAAGCUUACGUUGAAUUGGAAACGCCAGAAGAUGUUGAUCGUGCAUUUUCGUACAAUAAGAACGUCUUGGGUCAUCGCUAUAUUGAAAUUUUCAACGCAAAACCGGAGGAGUUUGAUCAAUGCUUAAAAAGACAGAAUGUAAUGCAACAAGAUACAUUCAUUAAAUUACGAGGCUUGCCUUUCUCAUGCAAAUUGGAAGAGAUCGAACAGUUCUUUGAAGGGCUGGAGAUUAGAAAUGGAAAAACUGGUAUUUAUAUCGUGUAUGAUUCUCAUGGAAGGAUGACGGGGGAGUGCUUUGUACAAUUCAGAACCAGCGAUGAUGCAGAAAAUGCAUUAAAAAGGAAUCGGGAAAAAAUUGGGCACAGAUAUAUUGAGAUCUUUAGAAGUUCAGCUUCUGAAUGUCGUCGCUCAACAAUGCUAUUUAAUCGUGGUGGUGGAAUGAAUUCAGGAGGCUUUGGUGGUGAUCGAAUGAUGAAUCGAGGAGGUGGUCCAGGUCCAAGAAACAAUAGAAACUUUAGAGAUCGUCCAUAUCCUGAUAAUAAUUGGUCUGAUGGUCCAUGGAGAAACAAUAAUCGUGGGGGAGGAGGCAAUGGUGGAAAUAACAACUUUGGAAAUGACAAUUUUGGCGGAAAUAACAUGUUCAGCAGUGACAAUUAUGGUGAUUUGACAAAUUUUGCUGAAAAACUACUCAAGACCAAUGAUGGAUUUUCUUUAGAUCGAAAAUGGAACUCAAACAACAGCAACAACAAUGAUCGUGGAAAUGGAAGUGGUGGAAAUAGCUUUGGAAGCUCGUUUGGUGGAAAUGGAGGAGGUGGAUCAAGUGGCUUUAAUAGCUUCAGUAAUAACAGCAGAGAUAACAGCUUUGGAAAUGAUCGUGGAUUCAAUGGGAAUAACAUGGGCGGUGGUAACAAUAUGAACAAUGGUGGAAGAUUCCUUGUCCAUUUGAGAGGAAUGCCAUACGACUGUAAUGAAAUGGAAGUUCAUCAGUUCUUUGCUCCAUUAAAAGUUGUCGAUUGUGAAAUUAUCUUUGAUGAUAGAGGACGUCAUAGCGGUGAGGCUGAUGCAUAUUUCUCUAAUGUUGAAGACGCUCAAGAAGCAAUGAAGAAGCACAAGGAAAAGAUGGGAUCUCGCUAUAUUGAGCUAUUUGCAAGCAGAAACAGUGGUCGUGGACGAUUCUAA